AUGGAGCUGAAGCUCGCACGUCUGCGUAUCAGGGAGUUUGAAAUUCAACUUGAACUGCAGAAACAUUCUGAAGUGAAAGCCAAAAAGAGCAAUCAGGACGAAUGCGAUUCGCACACUCAAUUUCAAUCAGAUCCAGCUGAUUCGGAGUCCAUAGCCUUUGUCCUGGAAAGGCAACUGGAAUUACAGAAGCACGAAUUGCAACGCUUUAAUGGGAACCCGAAGGACUAUUGGGCCUUCAUGAAAGCGUUCAGUAGUACUAUUGAAGACCGUACCCGAGACGAUGAGGCUCGCCUGGGUCAUUUAAUACAAUAUUUUGACGACGAAGCAAAAAGAAGGAUUGAGCAUUGUACGGUCCUACGACCCAGAAAAGGUUACGGGCUCGCGAAGGAAGUUUUAAGGAAGCGAUUUGGCCAGAACUACAUGGUGGCCUGA